ACAAAUGACAGUCGAUGAAAAGCCCUAUUGUGGCAAUGUGACAGAGGUAAUGUGUAACGUGUUACUUUUUUAAGUUUGAUUUACAUAUUGUACUAAUUUUAAAGUUCUAAAAUACAAAGAAUGGCAGAAAAAACUAUAAAAGACAAAACAAUAACAUCAUUAUAUGCAGAGUUAAAUAAAUUUAAUCAAAAUGGGGAAUACGAAAGGUCUUUGAAAACAUCAAAUAAAAUUCUGGGUGUGGCUCCACAUGAAUUUUUAGCUUUCCAGUGUAAAAUGGUGUGUCUUAUUCACCUAUCACGUUUUGAGGAAGCCAUUUCUUUGAUGAACAAAAAUCCACAAUUUUUACAGGAAGUAAUAUUUGAAAAAGCUUAUAGUUACUAUCGUGUUAAUAAACCAGAAGAAGCUUUAAAAACAAUUGAAUUAAGUGAGAAUGAACUGGAUUUCCGUUGCAAGGAAUUGAAAGCUCAGAUUUUGUACAGACUUGAACAAUAUGAUAAUUCUGUCUCUAUAUACAGAGACAUCAUUAAAAAUAUGCAUGAUGAUGAUUAUGAUGAUGAACGGUACACCAAUUUGAGUGCUGCAAUGGUUCAUCUGAAGAAUGAAAAUGCGAUGGAUACAAUUAACGAAUUUGUUGAGAACACUUAUGAACAGUGUUAUAACAAAGCAUGUUUAUUAAUUGAAUAUGAAAACUAUUUAGAGGCUGAAAAGAAACUCAAGCAGUGUGAAAAGAUGUGUAGAGAGAUGUUGGAGGAAGAUGAAACUACCGAAGAGGAAAUUGACAUUGAAUUGGCGCUUAUCAGGUUUGGAAACACAUUAAAAAUUAAACAUUUACUUAAGCCUUUAGUGCAGUGGUGCUCAGACUUACACUGCAUGGGAUCUACCACAUAAACUGCAAGCGUCCAGCGAUCGACUGCUAUUAGCAAAAAAAUUUGAAAAUAAAAUACUUUAUUUCACAUUUCUAUUUGAUAAAAGGUUAUAACUACAGAGAGUUGUAAUUAAAGAUGUUUUUCAUCUUAAUUUUACAUGGAUGUUAAUGCACUUCAUGAAGUGCAUGGCACUUCAUAUUAUCCACAAGUUAGCGCAGUCUCCACCUUUCCCAUGUGUAUUCGUUCUGUGAAUCGUGAUCGACUUCAAAAACUUUGGCGAUCGACUGGUCGAUUGUGAUCGACCGUUUGAGCACCGCUGCUUUAGUGCAUUGAGUGAAUAUUUUGGUAAAUAUUAAGAGCAUUAAAUGUAUUUUUCUUAAUUAUACUUACUUUUGUAUUAA